CGGUUUAUGUCGUCUGUAGUCUGUAUACGACCGACUAUUAAGUGGUUCAACGGUGGCUGUUGGUAAAUCGUUACGAUAUGAUGUAUUAUUAUAUUGCUCGUUGCUCGUAACGGCUGACGACGACACAUUAAUUAUAACACAAUAUAAUAUAUUAUUAAUUGAUACGAAUGGCGCGCGUUGGAUGACGCGAUUACACAACAAUUUACACCUACAUCGCAGUGGUUCCAAAACGAUCGAGGUACCAGCAGCUGCAAUCACUGGCGCCCCGAGUCUCCGCGCGUUCUUCGGCGAUCCGCGCAGUAGGAUAUCACCGCCGAUCGGGACGGAUUCUGCCCAAUAGAUGACGAGUGCUCGUCAGUCAUCAGGCACGGCGACGACGAAAACGCUAAGAUUUCGGUCAUAAUAUUGUUAUUGAGCACGGCGGAGGCAUUCGCGUAUUAUUAUUCUGCCGAAGACGUAGGUACUCUGCCGUGGCGGGACCGGUGAAAGUCCGCCGAAGGGGCAGGGAGGGGUCUCGGCCGUCCGACGACGACCGUAAUACGUUGCGACGACCCACCGACGGCGUUGGCAGCGGGUGCGCGCCCACUUGUUAUACCGCCACGCGGGCCGUUCAGUUCCGGCGAGCAGUCGCGCGAAAGCUCGGCAAUAAUAAUUCACAGUGGUAAGUAUAUAGACGUAUACAUAGUGGUAGUGAUAUAUAAUUAUACACAUUAUACGGAAAACACGGUACCGAGACCCGCCGAGGUUGGCAACAGUGCGGCCCGAUAUUACAUGUACCGAUCGGUGAUCAUGCGUGUUUUCGUUCACCGAAGAACAUCUUCGCCGCCGCCGUUUGCGUCGUUACGUCUUUAGCGCCGCCGAAAGCGCUGCCCCCGCCGCGCUGUCCCGCACGCACCGCAGUCGUCCGCUGCUCUUCGGGCCGAUUUCGCAUCUCUCCGUCGAGCUUUUUCCGUGUUCCAUGUCCACGGCACGUCCGAGCAAGUCCGCCGUGUAAGUUUCCUAGGCCACCGAAGCCAAUCCACUGGGAAAGUUGGAGGUCUGGAAACCAUGGACGCCUAAGAAGAACCAGAUAACUUACAGUUACUGAAUUUAUAAACAUGAACCACUUAAAAGAUAGAAAGCCUAGUAGGCCAGACAUUCAGGAGAUAUUAUCUAGAAUGAAAAGUCGAUUCAGCAAUGAAGGAGAUUCAGAUAAUGAUGACAUGGCUAAUGAAGAAAAUAUGGUGACAACAAGCGUAGUUGAAAGUACUAUAAAAGAAGAAUUUUCUGUAGCAAAAAGCCCUGAUGAUGAGAUUGCAGAACUCAUGCUCAAGUUAAAUGGACAAGUAGACGAAGAGUUAGUAGCUAGUAUCAGAUCUAGAAAGAAAAUGUAUGAAAACCAGUCUGAAGUUGAUAGUACGUCGACUACAAAUAAUUCUGAUGAAACUGAACAAGAAAAACCUAGAAUCAUCUUGACGUUGAGGCCUAAUGAAAAUAAACCUGAUUCUUAUGUGAGUUCUAGUAAUCUUACUGAAUAUAGUUCUAAUAGCCCGAAAAGGAAAAAACAAGUUAACAAUGUCACCCCUGAAGUUAUACCUCUCAAAAGAUCUUCAAGAAGGUCUAACAAUGGUAAUCAAUCAGUGUUGAAAUCUGCUAUUGCUCGAAAAGAAAGAACGUUCAGUAUUGAUAUGAAUUCAAAAAAAAAAUUACCUAAGAAAAUAAAAAUUGAGCAUGAAGAAGUUACAAAUGAAGUUAAUGUUGUUCCCGUUAGUACAAAACAACCUCCAAAUGAGAAAGAAAAUAAGGAUAUUAAAUAUGUACCAAUCAAAGAAGAAAUAAAUGAAGAAACUAUUACAGAUCAUAAAAAAAAGAAAAAAAAGUUCUUUAGAGGUGGAAGGUAUAAUAUUUUUAAAAAAAAAAUUGUACAAAAAGAACGUCAAAAAAUGAAGAAAGCUAUUUGUAAUCAAGUGAACUCUGAUCUUACAAAUUUUGAUGUGGACUCAUCAGAAACUAACUCAGAAAGACAUUCUAUUUCAGUUUGUAGCGAUAUAGGCACAUUAAUGUCUAGUGAAAGAAAUGAACAGGAUGAUAUGGAUACUAGUAUCUCAACCAUUGAUGCAGAAGAUAAAAUGAAUGACAGUGGUCUUGAAAUACAAGAAAUUCAUUUAUGUUUGUGUCAAGAAAAUAUUCAAGUAGUAAUAGUUGAUGAAGGAAAAAUUACAUGUAAAGCUCAUGAUUGUAUGGAUGGAAAGGUUUAUGCAUGUAAGAAUUUAGCUUCUCACUUAGAUGAAUAUGGCAACAUGCCUAUGUUGAGAGCAAAUGUUGCUCUACCUUAUGUCACAUAUUGUCAGCAUCAUAUGAGGCGCUUUUUUUUACACCACAGUUGCCCACGUUGUGGACGGUUUUGCUCAGAGGGAAUAUUUAUGAUGUGCAAAAAUAAACACUUUUUUCACAUUGGUUGUCAUCAAAAUGAUAGGGGUUGUCUACACUGUGGUGAUCCUGAUGUAUAUGAUUUUGAACUGAAAAAAAUUGUAAUUCCAUCUAAGAAACAAAUCCAGCAUAGAGAAGAUUUUAAAUCACAUGUUACUGUUGAAGUGGGAAAAAUAAAAUUGAGUACUCUCAACUGUCCACCAGAAAUUGAUAUACAUGAAUUUUCUAAAUAUUUGCAACAACUUAAGGAUGAAAUUGUUGAUACCAAACGUACUAAGUAUUCAGUUCAAGGACUUUAUGAAGCUUGUGAAUCAAAUAAUAUAAAAAGGGUUUUAUCAAUUUUAGAGGCGGAAUGCAAUCUUAUGUUCACAUUUCCUAGUAAUCAUAACCGAACGGCAUUGCAUGUUGCGUGUAGACAAGGAAACCUAAUGAUUGUAUAUAUAUUACUAAAAGCCGGCGUUGAUCCAAACCGGGUUGAUAACAAAAUGAAAUCCCCAAUGAGGAUGGCUGCUAAAAGUGGUCAUAGCGAUAUCGUUCAAUAUCUCAUCGACUUUAAUGGUAGUCCUGAAAUCAAAGAUAUACAGGGUAUGACCUCACUUCAUUUGGCUGCUAAGAAUGGAAAGUUAGAAUGUUGUAAAAUUAUACUAAAUAAUCAACCUUCUAUGGUAAAUUGGAAAGAUAAUGGGGGAUGGACUCCUCUUGUAUGGGCUUGUGAAAAUAGUCAUAUUGAUGUCGUGAAGUUUUUUAUUUCAUUUAUACCAAAUACAAGGAUAUCAGAUGAUGAAAAUAAUGUUGCAUUACAUUGGGCAGCAAUUUCUGGAUGUCUUGAAGUUGUUCAGUGUUUGGUAGAGUAUGAUUCCGAAGUAAAUAUGCUCAAUGAAGCUGGUGAAACUGCGUUACAUAUCGCUGCUCGUAAAAAUGCUGUAGACAUAGUAUCAUUUCUAUUAGAUAAAGGUGCUAUGGCUUGGCAUAGAAACAAGGGGAAAAAAAGACCAAUAGACCUCUGUCUUCCAAAUUCAAAAUGCUAUAAUAUAUUAAAAAAUGUACUACCAGAACAACGUAAACCAGUUACUGUCAUUCCACCUUUAAAUACUGUUAAGUUAGAAUAUACUGAACUAGAACUUCAGAAGCCUCAAACACCUAUUGCAGUGAAAACCACUCCAGUUCUUAUUUCUGAAGAUAUAACUCAUGGUUGUGAAGAUACUCCAAUCAGGUGUGUGAAUGAAAUUGAUGACGAAGUACCUGUUGAAUUUACGUAUAUCAAAGAAAACUGUUACGAUGUAGGAAACUAUGUUGAUUCUGCCAUGUCUCAUAUAGCUAGCUGCAGUUGUGAUGGUGCUUGUAAUACAAAUGAUUGUAAAUGUGUACAAGCUAACGGUGACUGUUUGUACGAUGAAAAUGGGCGAUUGAAUUCAGAUUUUGAUUAUUUCAAUCCAAGUGUUAUAUUAUAUGAGUGUAAUUGGCGCUGUAGAUGUCAUAAACAACGAUGUGGCAAUAGAGUUAUACAAAAAGGUAUAAAAGUAAAAUUGGAAUUGUACAAGCAUAAAGAUAUGGGUUGGGGAGUAAGAACACUACAACCAAUAUCUAGAGGGACGUUUGUGUGCGAGUAUGUUGGUGAAAUAAUUACAGAUCAAAAAGCAAAUGAUUUAAAAGAAGAUUCUUAUUUGUUUAAUUUAGAGAAUCCUGGAGCUACUGAAUUAUAUUGCAUUGAUGCCUAUAACUAUAGCAAUGUGUCACGUUUUAUUAAUCAUUCGUGUGAUCCAAAUCUAAUGUCUGUUCGAUCAUUUAUCAACCACCAUGAUAAAAGGUUUCCUAGAAUAGCAUUUUUUGCUGUCCAAGACAUAAAAAAAAAUGAACAAUUAAGUUAUGAUUAUGGUACCACUUUCUGGAAAGUGAAGGGUGGCUUGUUCACGUGUAAAUGUAGUAAAGCUAACUGUAGUUUUUCUGAUGAAACCAUUGACAGUCUUCAUAUUGAUUCAGAUAAUGAAGAGAUAGAACCAGAUGGAAAUUCUGAAAAAAGUAAAACAGAAAAAAAUGAACUUCCUGAUGAUAAACCAUUAAUUCAAGAAGUGCCCGAGACCAAUAAGAGAGUUCGUAACACAUUACGUCAAAGAACUAGAUUAUCUGCAGCUAUUAAUUUAUUACAACAAAAAACAGACCGCUCAAGUCCGUCCAGUAGUGAAAGUUCAUCAGUGACUGUAAGCAGUAUUAAAAAAAAUUAUUCCAAAGAGCCUAACAUAAUAUCCAUGCCUAAAAAUAAAUUACUCGGGAAGACAAAAACUAUUAAUUUAAGUAGUACAGUGAAAAACAAAGAAUCCCACACAAGUGAAUCCAAACAGUUGUUAAAGGUAACUGAUAAACGGUCAUUGAAGGAUAGUGGAUCAAAAUUGAUACAAGAUAAAUUAAAACAAGUUGUUUUAAAAAAAAGUUUAGGCAACAAACUGUCAAAUGGAAAUUCUAGUCCAUCAAUAAGUAAAAAAAUAUUCAUUGGGAGAAAAUCAUCAGUAGAAACUACUGAAAAAAGUAAAAUUUGCAAUGGUAAUAAAGUGACCUCAGGAUCAACAAAAUUAGUCAAUAAUAAAGUUAUUAAAAAUUAUGUAUUAAGACGUAAAGUAUUGAAUCCUAGUAAGAAAAAUAUUGCUAAUAUGCUAACUGAUGGUACUGCUUCAAAUAAUGUUAACAAAUUUAGUAGAUUGAUUAACAAUACUAAGGUUAUUAUCUCAUCUAAUACUUCAAGUAGUAAUCUUAAAACAACUAGAGAUUCAAAACAUAGUGAUCAGUUAAUAGACUUUAUUAAAACUGAACGAAUUGGUGAAGAAUCUAAAACCAAAUCAAACAUAGUUAAUGGACAACAUAAGCCUCCUGAGCGACCAAGAACAUCUGUAUCUGAGGAAGUCAAAGUAGAACCUAAUGAUGAGUUAUAUAUUAUAAAUGGAUGUAAUGAUGAAAGCUUUCCCCAUACUGAUUAAGAUAGUUGGUCCUCAACGGGAUUGCUAAAAUGACUGUUACAUAAAUACAUUUAAAUAAAUAAUAAAUUAUUAAGGUUUGAAACUAUAAUGAUACAUCUUUAAGAGAUUACUUAAGAUUUAUUAACAUUUUUGGUGUUAUUAAACUGUUAAUCUCUAUUUAAUUUGUAACGUCAAAGUUAAUUGUUAUCAGAAUUCAGAAAGUACCAUUUUGAUAGUGAUAAUUGUAAUUGAUGCAACAUUAUACCAUAAGAUCUUUUAAAAUUAAAAUCAAAUUAUUUUAAUAAUAUUUAAAUGACUGAGCAUCCAACUUGAUUUUAUAAAUUACUGAUUGUUAAAAAUAAUUUAUAUUAUCAAUUUUUUUUUUUAUUAACUUAUAUUAAGAAUUUUGGAAUUUCUUAUAUUUUAAUAUUAAUAAAAUAGUAGUUGUUCCAAUUUGAUAAAGCAAGAAUUGAAACACAAGAGAUUUGAAAUACGUAUAUAUGAAGUACCAAUAUUUCAUAAAGUUGUAUAAAUUAUUGUAAAAUUAGUUCAUUAUGUAAAUGACAAAAAAAAUGUAUAUUUAUAUUAUUCCAUAAGUUUGUUUUGUAUUUGUGGAUGGAAUGCAACUCUAGUCAUUUGGUCUUCCUAAUUUAGUUAAAUUAAUAUAAUGGAAUUUUAAAUUUUUGAUGUAUAAUUGUUUAUUUUUAAGUUUUUUAGUAUUGUACCAUAUUAGUUUUGACAUUGAUUGUUUUAUUACUUAUUUGUAAAUAUAAUAUUAAGUCUUUAAAAAUUGUAUCCUUUUCUUAAAAUGUGUAAUAUUUUGUUUUUAAAAUAUUUGAUAUAAUUGUAUAAUGUUUUAUCUUAAUUUUUGAAGUGUUCAUUAGAUAGUUUACUUAAGUAUAUUGUUGUCAUAUUUUCUUUUAAAACAUAACCAAUGAUAUUUAUACAUUUUUUCAUUGUGUUAGUUUGUUAUGUAGACAAUAGCUGAUAACAGUUGAUUGUUGAUUUUGAUUACUUUUAAGUUUAUUGUUGUUGUAGUUGUAAUAGCUACUUUUUUGUUGAUUUCAUUAUUGCAGAAAAAAAAUCAUUAACUCAUGUCUGGUCAUCUUUUUUCUUUUAAUGUAUUCUUAUUAAUGUCAAUUUUUAGCCAAAUAAUGAACUUUUUUAGUAUAAUAAUAAUAAUAAAUGUUUUGAUAGUAACUUUUUAAAAUAAACUGACUAUUUGUAUUAAUUUAAAUCAACAUAUAUUUAUAAUGUAUUUGACAACAAUGAUAUUAUAUAUUUUAAAUUAUAAAAAUUGCAAUUACUACCAAUAUUAUUAUUUAUUAUUUAUGAUCAAUUAACCUAUAUUAUGUCAGUGAGAGCUAUCAUACAACCGAUUAUGUGGAUAUGGGAAUUUAUAGAUGUAAAAUAUAAUAUUAUUAAGUUAA